AUGAGUAGCUCAACCCCAUAUCGUCAACACAAAUCAAGACAACGGGAAAGAUCAGCCAAACGUUCUGCCCCCCAAUCCCGCUCAGGAGAAUUAUCCCGCUCAGGAGGAGUUUCAGAGCAUCUUGGAUACACAGAAAAUGUGACCAGUCAACGUAGCUGGAGAGAGAAAGAUGCCUCUGCAAAGACCAGCCCUCGUCCUCGGCUUUCUCGAGAUCAACCUAGAAGCGGCAGUGAAACUUUCUCUCCGCUAGAAGCACCAAAAUUACAGCAAGAAACUGUGUAUUCGAGUAAUGAAAGACAGCAUUUUCAAGGAACCCCGAAAAAGAUGGCCAAGCUCGCCGUAACAUCUAAUUCCAGAAUCGGUUCAGAAGUUUCGAACCAGUCGAGAGAUUCAUACCACCCAGGAGAAUCGCCCCACUCAGGAGGUCUUCCAAAUCAUCUCAAUAACAGCCCUCAUCAUCCGUCGGAUACCCAAACACCACCACGUUCUCAAGGAGAACAUCCGACACACGUCUACCCCAAUUUUUAUCGCUCGGCGGAUGCGCGAUUACACCCAAAUCUUCGAAAAGUAGUGCAGCUGGAUCCUGGCCCUUUUCGUUCAGGGAAUGCUCGAGCGCCAUCCCAACCGCAAAGAGGAGCUCCCAGCUACUCUAAUCCCAUACCUCAGUGCCCAUCAAAUCUCCAAGGGCAACCAGCACAGCAAGAGCAAUUUCAUGAAGGUAGGCGUCAAGGCCAGUCUAUUCCCCCACAGUUAGUUUCUGCUGCCGCGGACUCAAUACCUCUCCCUCAAAAAUUGAAUUUUCGUACACCCCACGGCACUCGCCCCCCUACUACCGAGCAAGCACAACAGAUAACAAUCGAAGGAAUCCGACCAUCUCGAGAAAGAGAUCUAAAUCGAAAUCCUUAUCCAGACCCAGAGUUCCCUCCGGAUCUAAGAGAUGGCGAUCAGUCUCGUGGUAGACCUCCCCUACAGGAAGUCGCGCGCGGUCAAAAACAAGCCGGCUCAAAUAAGUCUUCGAUCUCGGGUGCACAUAGCAGCGAUCUCGGUGGCUUAGACUCGUGCGAAAGCUCGCAAAGCUCAUCUCCUCGCGAUGACAGAAGAAGAUCAUCCUCACAAAGAGAGUUUGUCAAAUCCAAUUACCCGUGGAAACACAGUUUUCCGGGUGAUUGGAAAAAUCCCAAAUCUAGACAGAUCCGAGAUAGUAGUCUCCUAGGGAAAGUCUUGGAGCACGCAGGAUAUGUAGAUGCCAUGACCUCAAAAGGCUUAGUGCGCAAACCCGAACCCAGAUCAAAAUUCAAAAAUAAUAAUUCAAAGGGUCGCGGUGACCGUAAAUCAAACCAUAAAAGCGACCAUCGUAAGUGGCAUGAUAACCAUUCUUCUGAACAAUUCGACGAUGAAUCUGUUGAAGGGCAGCCUCUCCCUGGCUCUCCCCAUCAAUUCGACACUAGGCCUCACAGAUCUACUAGACAGUAA